CGUAGUCGAUUGCUGCGAUGCGAUGAGAAAGGCUUUCGGCGCAAAUUGAAGAUUUUUUUAAUUAUAAUUUUAAUAUUACUUCAAGAAUUUUCCGUCUAUUCUUCCUAAGUUAAGGUAAGGGCGUAAGUUAACCUUACGGAAGCUAAGAAAAGUGAUUAUUUAUUAUGUUCUUAUAUAUUUCCUCCUGUAUCACAGCCAUGUUGAAGUAGUGUUGAUUUUAAUAAGUUUUCGUCAGUUUAUCGUUUAAUAGAAAGUUAAAGUUCUCACAAGUAUAUGUGACAGACCUAAGUUUCGUUUUGUGUUGUGAUUAAAAAAGUUGAAAGUCUUUAAAAUGAAAAGUGAUGUAAAGUGCCAUCGAUACUGGCGUCAAGGCGUUCAUAUUAAGGAAUGGAUUCGGAAGAUUCCCGUGAUGCUGGGGACACACAGUCAACAUCAAGCAGUAGUAGUUCCAGUUCUAGAAGCAGAAGGAGUUCUUCAUCUGAGAGUUCCAAGAGAGACCCUAAAUCCCCGCCACAUUCUCCUUCACCACCUAGAUCUAAUGGUCCAAGAUCUCCAUCUCCAGAGAGUAGGUCCCAAUCACCACAAAAGUCACCUAAUAACAGACCACAAACACCAGAUAACCUGAGCGGUGCACAUUCAGAUAUAAAUUCUCCAGAAAAUUCAAUGCCAGCUUCACCUGUUAGACCAAAGUCUCCUCCAGAAGCACCAAAAUCCCCAAGUGAUAUGGGCUCAAAUAUUGAUUCUCCAGAAAGGCCAGAACAAUAUUCAGCUGGUCCCAAAACACCUCAGAGCCCUACUAGUUCUGCUAAAUCACCAAUCACCCGGUCACAACCAGUCUCACCUGAUUCUGCCUCUCAAGUAACAUCACCUGCUUCUAGAAAUCCUGAACCUAGAUCCCGAUCAUCUUCACCAUCACCAGACAGGGCUUCACCCACGACAUCACCUCAAAGAGCAGUAGUUAGCAAUAAUGAAUGGGAAAAUAAAGACAAAUGGAGAAGACACACAAAAGCCGAGCAAAAAAUGGUUGCUGCACCCAGAGGAAGAAGCCAAUCAGAAUCUAGCCAGUCUAGCAAAAGUUCUACUUACAAUAAGAGGACAAAUGCCAAAGAUCCAGCUACUGAAGAAAUUUCAGAUGGGGAAAUGGAAUCUGAUCAAGAAGACAGGAAAUCAAGGAGCAAAUCAAUGACAAGUGACAAAGGAGAAAAUAAGGAGAAUAAUUUAAGCCAUGAUGAUUUAUCUGAUGUAUCAGAUUUAGAUUCUGAUGGGGGUGAAGAGAAGUCAUCAAAGACAAGACCACAUUCAAAGAAGCAAGAAGCAGUGAACGGCACUAGCAGACAAUCAUCACCUAAAUCUGAAAAGGAGAGAGAUUCACCGAAGAUGGAAAAGGUUGUACAAGAAAAGACAAGUAAUACAGAAGAUGCUGAAGAACAGUUGGACUUCGAGGCAGAGGAGGGUGAAUGUGUUGAACCUUCCAAACCAAAGGACCAGUCUAAUGGCGAAGUUGACACACAGUCAGUUGAAAAAGAUGAAGAAGUAAAACCGGGAAAACGAUCACGCGGGUCAUCGUUAGAAGAAGGUGAGGUCUCAGAUGAGGCGGAGAGAAGACCAGAAGAAAGUGAACCAAAACCUGUGUGUAGGUUCUUCUCAAGGGGUGCUUGCACUUGGGGCGUUAGUUGCCGGUUCCUCCACCCGGGUGUCACGGAUAAGGGCAACUACAACAUGUUCGAUGUGGUGCGCGGCGUGCCGCCGGCCGGCUUCCCCGCCGCGGCGCCGCGCGACUCCGCGCCGCCCGAGUCCGCUUGGGAGCGGGGCCUGCGGACCGCUAAGGAGAUGCUCCGGAUAGCGAACAAACGCAAAGAGCAAGACAUGGACUUUGAAGAGAAGAAGCUGCAUCUCUCUGUGGGCGGUGUGGUCCAUGACCCUGACGCAGAACUUGCAUAUGCGGCCGCUGCAGUGGGUGCUUCGCCCCCGCCACCGCAUGAGGUCCCACCAGCCAGGGAUACAGAUGUCUAUAGGGCAUACGGCAUGCCGUACCGCGGCCGCUACCCGCGCGCUCCGGGCGACGAGCGCGAGCGGUACUACGAGCGGGAGCGGGGCUACGAGCGGGAGCGGGCUUACGAGCGACCGCCAUACUAUGACGAGUACGGGGUGCCGCCCGAUGACGCGGCGCAUCAUAAGCGUCGCGUGCGUCCAUCCCGCGAGGUGAUAGUGCAGCGCGCGGAGGUGGAGCGGCGCGAGGGGCGGGAGGUGCGCGAGCUGCGCGACGUGCGCGACGCGCGGCGCGAGGGCCGCGAGGGACGCGAGGGCCGGGAGGGCCGCGGCGACGAGUGGGCCGACCCCUGGAUGAGGGCCGAGCCGGCCGCGCGCCGCCGCCGCGCCCCCUCCAGCGACGACUCGUACUCCUCCUCCAGCUCUUCUAAUUCCAGUUCGCGCAGUUCGGGAACGCCGGGAACGAGGCGCAAGAGGAGGGCCUCGUCGUCUUCGAGACAAAGGCUGUCCCCGUCGGUGAUAGUCCGCGAGCGGCGGCUGGCGAGCGCGCGCGCGACCGCCAUGAACCCGCCGGCGCCGCGCCGCCGCGCGCCCUCGCCCGCCGCCGCGCGCCAGCUCGCCGCCAACCCGCCCGCGCCCGCCUCGCACCGCCACAAGGAUGAAAUAGAUCCGUAUGGACGUACCAAAGUAUCGAGCCGAAGUCGUAACAGAAAAAAGUAUUCCCGUUCUUCAUCUUCUGGUUCAGAAUCAUCAUCGUCAUCGAGCGAGUCGGAGAGUGAAUCUCGCUCAUCAUCAACAUCUGGCAGUUCGGGAGCGAGACGAGCGAGGAACGCUCGCCUGCUCAACGCUGCUGCUAGACCUAGGAUGAAUGCGAAGUCUACGGCCGGACUAGCAGCGGCCGUGGCAGUUAGCAGUAAGAAGGAGGCAUCAAGCGAGAGAGAGAUUGGCGGCAAAAAACGUUCAGCGACAUCACCGGUAGGUGGCGCUGCACCAGCGAAGAAGUCCGUCUCGAGGCGAGAGGAACUGCUUAAGCAGUUGAAGGCCGUCGAGGACGCUAUAGCCAGAAAGCGUUCCAAGAUAUAACUAGUGUUGAGAACCUUUGGCCUUUACUGGCUUUGGACUAGUGUUGUGCUCUAUGUAAAUCGGUUUUGUGCUUUACUGUUUAGCGAAGGUGUUUCAUUAUCUGUGUCUUUUUUUGUACUAUUAUAAUGUGUUGUAAUGUGAUCCAACUGAGAAGAAAAACGGCAAUGACCUUUAUGCGUCUAAUUUCAUUUGAUUGAAUAUAAAUUCGACGUGUUUUAGGAAUUUGGCAUUCCGAUUUUAAUUAUAACGAAAGAUAAUUUAACAUCAAUAUACAAUAGUAUUUAUCGAUUAUUGAUCCUCUUACUCUUUUAAUAUUUGCCAUCAGGCUAUGUUAUAGCCUACAUUAAGCUUAUUUUGUAAUUUGAGAAUGUAUAUGAUUUCAUUAAAUCCAAUACGAGAGAGUAUCAAAUUCAAAUAAGAAGAGGUUUAUGUGUUAAAACACAUACAUUCCAUGGAAAUUUAAAAUUUAACAUUUUUGCUUCUCAAUUGAACAGAAGAUAGGUAAGAUAUUGUUUAUGAGCCACAAAAUAAUAUUAGAAAUCGGUUUUCAUUCAAUGUAUUAAUACCAAAAGAAAGGCUUGAGCUCAAUUUAUUAAGAGAUAACAAAAUGUUGGUACAAUUUCUAACAAUGAAUUACCUUUGUUAUAUUACUGAAACCAUAUUGUUUGUGAUCUAAGAUUUACAUAGAAGCAUUUUGACUUUCAAAAUAUUUUGCUAUAUGACAGGAGUGUACGCAAUCAGUACAAACUCGAUGACAAGUCUUGAAUAAUUAUGUUUGGUGUAAGUAAUAGUGGCUUUACUAACCAUGUUACUGUAUUUAUGAGGCGAAACCCUGCUUAUAGAUGAAUACAAAAAUAAAAUGUUAAUGGUAAAUAAGGAUACAUUCUCGUAAAGGUUUUGUAGUAAGGCCGUAGGUGUUAGUUAAGUGUAUUACACCUGUAUAUGCAUAUGUUUGUAUCAAUUUAAAUGCAAGUGUAACAAAUUAUUCAAUGUUAUCACAAAGUGGAUAAUUUGCAAAGUGAGGUUUGUGAUUGUAGUGACUGGACGAGUAAAGAAUAAAUGCAUUAGUUUUGUA